AUGGUAUCACUGCAGGCCAACAUGCAGGUCCAUGAUGACCUUGCAGCGCUCUUCUCACGGAACAUGACCUUUAACCCGGAGGCGGUUCCCAAGGAGAUGCCCCAGGAAAUGGUCGUUUCUGAACAGAUGAACCGGCCGAUUGUCUAUGCUAUAUCACAGCACUACAACCACUCCGCUCACAUCGCCAAACCCCAACUCCAAACCCAAGACUCGCAGAGGCACUCAUCGGAGCCACCACAGAGCAACGUCGUUUCAUCCGAGACGAUAUUACGAACUCAUGGCGUUGAUCCAGUCACGCUGACGCCCUCGCAACUGCAGCUCUUCCGCAUAGCCGAUGCUGCUCAACGGAGAAGGCUAGUUGAGCUAUGGAGCAUCUGCCCUCCGAGCAGCGGCGGAGAUAUACCAGCUCUUGCUUGGAGCAGCACGACGAUGGAGCAGGAGGAGCACCUGGCUGAGCUGCGUUAUCAGCAACAACAGCACAACCAUGUCAUGAGCCUGGAUGGCACAACCGUCCAGACCUCAAACAGUACGUGGGUUCACCAGGCUAGCCAGGAGAGCGAGCCGUACAUGAUGUCUGGAUAUGAGGAGAUUAUGCGACGAGAGCGGGAGCGUGAGGAGGCCAACUCUCGUCCAAAGGAUGCUUAUAGCCACUUUGGCACGUCUGUCGGCGGCCCAAGCUAUAACCCUUCUACGGACCCCGUCUAUCUUGGCGCUGACUAUGCUCGACACCAACUACAGAUGGCUUUGGCAGAGCAGUAUGGCUCUUUUGAACAACACCGGGGGAAUCAGGCUGUGGACGUUAUGGACAUGUAA